CUGGAUCCCACGGCGGCGCGGCGGGCCGGUGGACGAGCUCGCCUCAGACUCAGCAUCCUUUGAGGACCCGGGCAACCUACUCCGUGGGGAGUCGUCGCCCCUACUUGGGGGUGACGAAAUUGACCCCAACCACUGUGUUCGUUGUCGGUUGUCCUGUUACUGUCCUCUGUGAAACUAGGAAGCCGCAGGCGGGAGAGGCAUUGGCCCCUGGAGCAUCUGAACGGGCUGGGUGUGCGGAGGACCAUGCCCCUCCUGACCACGCAGGUGCAAGACGAGAACGACUAUAGCUUAGUGGCCAGCCUCGACAAUGUCAGGAAUCUCUCCACUAUCCUGAAGGCGAUUCACUUCCAAGACCAUGCCACGUGUUUCGCCACCAAAAAUGGAAUCAAGGUUACAGUGGAAAAUGCAAAGUGCGUGCAAGCCAAUGCUUUUAUUCAGGCUGGAAUAUUUCAAGAGUUUACAAUACAAGAAGAGUCUGUUACUUUUCGAAUUAAUCUAACUAUCCUUUUAGACUGUUUAUCUAUUUUUGGAUCAAGUCCUACUCCAGGGACUUUAACGGCACUUCGGAUGUGCUACCAAGGUUAUGGUUACCCUUUGAUGCUGUUUCUGGAAGAAGGAGGUGUGGUAACAGUGUGUAAAAUCAACACUCAGGAACCUGAGGAGACUCUGGAUUUUGAUUUCUGCAGCACCAAUGUUAUUAAUAAAAUUAUUCUUCAGUCAGAGGGACUCCGUGAAGCAUUUUCUGAAUUGGAUAUGACAAGUGAGGUCCUACAAAUCACCAUGUCUCCUGACAAACCGUAUUUCAGGUUAUCUACUUUUGGGAAUGCAGGAAGCGCCCACCUUGACUAUCCCAAAGAUUCUGACUUGAUGGAAUCAUUUCAUUGUAAUCAGACGCAGGUCAGCAGAUACAAGAUUUCUUUGCUGAAGCCCUCCACAAAGGCAUUAGUCUUGUCUUGUAAGGUGUCUAUUCGGACAGAUAAUCGCGGAUUCCUGUCAUUACAGUAUAUGAUUAGAAAUGAAGAUGGACAAGUAUGUUUUGUGGAAUAUUACUGCUGCCCUGACGAAGAAGUUUCUGAAUCUGAGUCGUAACUUUGAUAGUUCACUGUGACAUUUCUGUAUGCACUUGUGGCAAGCCCUGCUCUCAUCCUGGGUGCGGUACUCUUCCUGCUUUGUUUCUGGCUGUUCUGAAGGGAAGCGGUGUAGAGAAGAAAGGAGCAAGGCCCUGUGCCCAGAGUUGCUGCCUAUUUUGUAAAACACUGUUUUCAUGGAAUCCUAGAUUGUCUAGUACUUGGACCAUCCCAUGGACCUACCUUUGAAUUCAUGAGAAUCCUUAAGAGGAGUAAAUUAUGUGUUCUGUUUAAGUAUGACAUUUCAAGAGUCGAAAACUGUAAUACUGAUAAGUCAAUCUGCAAUGUUCUUUUAUGUGCUUACUGUUAGAGAAAGCACAGGCAUGUGGGCACUGCUGAUUACUUGACUUCUGGAGGGCAUUCCUUACUCAGGAUGCCCAAGUGUGCUGAGGGUGGCAGCAGCCUGCCCUGGACACUUGUCAGAGGCUAGGAGUGGUCCCACAAGCUGGUUUAUAAAGCUUCCCCCCAGGAAAUUCACAUGCUUGUUAAAAUUUGAGAGCCACUAUUUUCAAGAAUACCUUUUUUCAACGAUAGCAUUUAGAUGGACUGGAUUGCUCUUACAUGUGAUUUCUUCUCAAAUGUUCUGAACUUUUGGCAUUUCUACAAGUCUGAACAAUAACUAGACAACUUGUUCUCAGAGUGUACAUUUUGAAGAAAUUUGAGAAGAGGAUACAUGAGUCUACAGAAUUACAGAUUUCUUCUCAAUAAUGUUCAGUGCAAUAAAUAAAAGAUACUUUUUAUUUCUAAGUUUCUCAAACAAAGGAAUAGAAAACCAUUCUGCACUUUCUUAGGUAAUGUUCAAUGGAA